CCUAUGGACAAACCAUCCUCCAGUGUUGCAGAACUAGUGCUACAGUUGCAGCAAGAAGGAGGUGUAAACCCAGCAUCCUCAUCCCCUGGACAGACUGAGUGUAUACUAGUACUCAGAGACCCUGCACACAUCACACAGGAGACAAACUCUCAGCCAGGAGACUGCAAGCAGAGAACUAGCAUUACAAAAAACAACCCAGAGCUGCAGGAUCACUCCUAUCAUCCUCAUCUUCCAGCUGUGCAGAGGCAGGAUGGUGAUCAAAGUUUAUAUUGCAACCUCUUCGGGUUUCACAUCGAUUAAAAAGAAACAGCAAGAUGUAAUGGGCAGUUUAGACGCCUUCAAGAUAGAGUACGAAGAAAAGGAUAUUGCUGCCAAUGAGGAGAAUCGCAAAUGGAUGAGGGAAAAUGUUCCUGAAAAUUGCCGACCAGCAACAGGAAACCCAUUGCCCCCCCAGAUCUUCAACGAUGACAAGUACUGUGGGGAUUAUGAUGCCUUCUUUGAAGCAAGAGAAGAUAACGCAAUGUAUGCGUUUCUAGGCCUCAUUGCUCCACCUGGUUCAAAGGAAGCCGAGGCACUAGCAAAGCGGAAUGCAUAGACUGAACACAAAUUCCUCCAGAACCAAAUCCCCAAAACUCCAGAGCUUCUCAGAUCCGCUACAAUAAAAUUAAGCAGCUUCGCACUUAAGCUCCAAACUCCUUAAUGCAGCAAAGAACUGUGGGCCCCUGUGUCUGUCUGUAGGGGCAGUGAGGACCUAUGAUUGAAUGUGUCACUAGAUGUGCCAAAAACGAAAGCAACAAACAAACAUGCACACUGUUCUGAUUUUCGAACUGGUACCCAUUUAAGAUGAAUGAUAGGAAUGAAUUGACAGAAACAUUAAACCGAAUAUCUUUAGCACUUACCUUAAGUCUUUAAAUGCUACAUGGAUGUGUUGUUUGUCUCAUUACCCAUUCCACCCAGUAGGUUAGUCCUCCUGAUACCCACCUUCCAUAGUCAACAGGACGUACCAAGACAUAAUGGGUAACCCUAGCUCUUGUAGACUUUCCUGUGAUGAAGUCCUGAUGCAUUGUGGGUAUCACAGUUUACAAUAGUGGGAGUGCCAAAAGUUAGCCAUCACAGCUAUAGGCAAAUCGGUAUUAAAGUACAUAUCUUGGAAUGCUUAAAACAAUUUCUAUACAAAGAGGUAUCAAUUUGUAGGGUAGAAAUACUAAAUUAUUGCACAGAGUCCAUUCCUUACUGUAGUUUUGGGAUUCUGCAGAAUACCGUUGGAGUUUUCACUAUAAAACAAUUUACCGCCAGCAUUCUUUUCUACUUUCCGCUAUUUAAUCCUUUAUUAAACUUUUUGUUUUGUACCACGUGGCUGGCUCCACAACAAUGGAAUGUCCCAUAUCAGUAGAAAACAUUUUGACUUAAAUAUUCCAUGGUCCUCAAUAAAAUGUGCCUUUUAUUAAAUGUUCACAUCAAUUCAAGGGAUAUUUUUGUUUCAUUUCUAUUUUUUUCCCCAUUGUUUUUAUCUUGUAAGAUCAGCUCUUAAUAAAACACUCUGCUGCAGAUUACUUCCUGAUUUAUUUUCUACAAAAAAAAAACAAGAAAAAAAAUCUGAAAUAUAAUCUACAAAUGAUUGGGCUGUAUAGAUCUCGCACGUUGACAAUAUAAUACAGAGAUCUGGAUGCACUGGAAAUUCUACUUCUGUUUUUGUAUAACCUAUAAAUAUCAGUAAGCCAACAAAAAUUUAGAAUUAAAGGACUAGUCUUACACUUUUUAACCAUUAAAUCCUCCUUUGAUUUGGAAUAGUGCCCUCUGCACUACCGCUGAGUGUCUGGUCCUAUUUACCAAUCGCUGGUGAUCCAUUCUAACGCUAGAAUUCUGUAGUGUAAAUGCAGAGGUAUGUAUUACAUCUUGACAUAGAAACAGUUUGAAAAAAAUACUCACGCCGUUCAACUUCAACUGUUCAAACCGCUAAGUUUCUGCUGUUGAUCCAAAACUAAGUGAGACCCAUCUUGACGUGAUUCCUUCUUCUCCUGGAAGAAGAUUUUCUUGAUUCCAAAGUAGCAACCAGAUUUCUCCUUGGAGUAACUAUUAUGUCCCAGAUUAUCCAGUUCUACAAUAUUAUAAAAUCUCUCAAAAAUAUACCCCUACCUGUUCUAUUAUUAGAAUCUAAAUGGGAUUCAUUAAAGAGGAGUUGACCGUGGGAUUGCAACGUUUAGACUUAACGAGCUUGGCUGGAGAUAAGUCUCCUUUAAUGUCUAAAUUUAGUAUUGUGGAAAUUGAAAUGAAACAAUUGCAAACCUUUCUCACACCCAUAUAAUACUUUAAGCAUUGUGUCUUCUUGGUACCAUGCCAAUCUGUUUCAUGAUUUAUCUUCAGAUUAUUAUUCCAUGUCGGGAAAUGUUUGGAUUUUGUAGAAUGCAGAAAAUGACUUUCUAGAGCCUGAGCUAAGUAGGUCAGGAACAGGCAGUGCCACGCAACACGGGAAUUUCACGUGACGGUUGUUUUUUGGCAUGAAUAGCUAAUGGAAAAGACUUUAGGGUACAGAUCGAGAAUAUUUCUAAGCUUCUUCCUUUGAAGUAUUAAGCUGUAAACUAGACGGUCAACCAACCGUUGGUGUUGGUUUAUAAUUUUUGGUUCAUUUUCAUCAUCCUAAUGCAAGUUUUGGUUUUGCUACAUUUUAACUGCUGUCCUUUCAUUGUUAGAUUUUUGUGUAUCCACAUAUUUCCAUUUUUUCUCAUUCUUACCCUCUAUAUUCCUCUCUUCCUUCUCAUUCACUCUUCUUCUUACUAUUAAUUACUAUAUGUAUCCCCCUUUCUCUUUUCCCUCCAUCUAUCACUCCUUAUAUUUGUUUUUUCUCACUCCUUGUCUUUCUCUCCUCCCUCUCCGACAUUCUUUUCUCACACUCUCUCUUUCCCACUUCUUGAAUUUUCUCCAUCACCCUUUUUCCUGUCCCUCUCCCCCCUCCCAUCUCUGUCUCUCAGCCCUCCCACACAUUUACAGCAGGGGGUUAAAUAUUCCAGAGUACCAAUGUGUAAUGAUAAUUCUAUUUGCAAAAUAAAUUGACUUCUUUGAGAUGUA